AUGUCUGACAACGGAGAGAUCGAGGUCGAAACCGUCUCGGGCUACCAGGUCCUGCCCAAGGACGUCGUGUCCGAGGUUGGCAGCAUCAAGCUGUUCAACAAGUGGUCCUACGAGGAUGUCGAGAUCCGUGAUAUCUCCCUGACUGACUACAUCCAAAUCCGAUCACCAGUCUACAUCCCCCACUCCGCUGGCAAGUAUGCCGUCAAGCGAUUCCGCAAGGCCAACUGCCCGAUCAUCGAGCGAUUGACCAACUCCCUGAUGAUGCACGGCCGCAACAACGGCAAGAAGCUGAUGGCUGUCCGCAUCGUUGCCCACUCCUUCGAGAUUAUCCACCUCAUGACCGACCAGAACCCCAUCCAGAUUGCCGUUGACGCUAUUGUCAACUGCGGACCCCGCGAAGACAGCACCCGAAUUGGUUCUGCCGGUACCGUCCGACGACAGGCUGUCGAUGUCUCUCCUCUCCGCCGUGUCAACCAGGCCAUCGCUCUCCUCACCACCGGAGCGCGUGAGGCUUCUUUCCGCAACGUCAAGUCCAUCGCCGAGUGCCUCGCUGAGGAGCUGAUCAACGCUGCCAAGGGAAGCAGCAACUCGUACGCGAUCAAGAAGAAGGACGAGCUGGAGCGUGUGGCCAAGAGCAACCGGUAA